CACCAGCCACCCGGGACUUCACACAACCACCGAGACUUCAGUCCGGACUCGAACCUGCGCCACAGCCCCUGAGCCACCAUGAGGAUAAACGUAUGGAUUUACCAGGCUCUGGUGUGCGCUGCGCUCACUGUACUGGACACAGGUUUCUGCAGAAGGAAUCAUCAGUCGUUACAGAGGUAUGAGAAGAGCGAGAGCCACAUGCUGGUUUGCACUGACUGUCCUCAGGCCCCUCUGGUACAAAACAGCCGAUCGCAGGAGCACUGCGCCCGCAAAUGCAAGAAUAAAAACUUCAACUGCAGGGCUUUCAACUUUCAGAAGCACAACAGGAAAUGCCACUUGCUUCCCUUUGACCGUUUCACCCAUGGCGUGAAGAAGCAGGCCAACGUCAACUUUACGCUGUAUGAAAAAAAAGAUUAUAUAAGGGAGUGUAUCAUCGGCACCAAGGACUACAGAGGGAGGAGGUCUUGGACGAAGUCAAACAUCACUUGCCAAGCUUGGUCAGAUAAUAACAUCAAUGAACACACGUUUUAUCCUGAUAGAUUCCCAGCGGAAGACCUUAGGGAGAACUUCUGUCGGAAUCCGAAGAACGAUCCUGGUGGUCCAUGGUGCUACACCACUGACCCCAAUGUACGAGCGGAGGAGUGUGGUGUGCCGCAGUGUUCGGAGGACGUCUGUAUGAUCUGUAACGGGGAGGAUUACCGAGGCAAAAUGGACCAUACAGAGAGCGGGAAGGAGUGCCAGCGGUGGGACUCAAUGAGACCUCACAAACACCUUUUCCAGCCCAAGAAGUAUCGUGACAAAGAUUUAAAAGACAACUACUGCCGAAACCCAGAUAAUCGUCGCCGUCCCUGGUGCUACACCAUGGAUCCGAAGACUCCGUGGGAGUACUGCAACAUCACUGUGUGUGAGUCAGACUCCAGCGAGGACACAGAUUUCAAUGUCACAACGUCCUGCGUCCAGGGGAAGGGCACAGAUUACCGAGGCACAAUGAAUGUCACUCCUGAGGGUGUGACGUGUCAGCGCUGGGACUCUCAGUUCCCACAUAACCACUCGUUUCUGCCCCAGAACUUCAAAUGCAAUUUGUGUGUGUGUCACAGAGACCUGCGAGACAACUACUGCCGUAACCCCGAUGGAGCAGAUUACCCAUGGUGCUUCACUACAGACCCUAAUCAGAGGAUAGCCAACUGCACCCACAUCCCAAGGUGUGAUGCUGAGGCGACACAAAAAAUAGAGUGUUAUGAAGACAUCGGAGAGAUGUACCGGGGCACUUUAUCCAUAACUCGGUCUGGGAUUCCCUGUGCCAACUGGUCACAUCACAUAAACAGUGGGGAUUCUCACUCUACAGUGUCCCAUGUAGGGCUGGAGAACAACUACUGCCGGAACCCGGACCGGGACAAGCAUGGCCCCUGGUGCUACACCAAUCCAAAUAACCGCCUGGCCUGGGACUACUGCAAACUGAAACACUGUGAAUCAUCUACAGUAGCUCCUCAACCAAAAAAUCUAACCAGACCAAAGGUUUCAUGCUUCGUGCAUAUAAACACCAGAAUAGUUGGCGGACAUCGUGUGCAAGGUACAGACGGCAGCUGGGUGGUGAGCAUCCAAAGAGAGAAGGCUCAUUUGUGUGGCGGCUCGCUGAUCAGAGAGGACUGGGUUUUGACGGACCAACAGUGCUUCACCUCUUGUGUUCCAGAUCUCAGGGAUUACAGCGUGCAGGUCGGUCUGCGCCACCUCAACGAGUCGUCACACCACCCAAGGCUACGCAUCUCCCGCCUGAUUUGCGGCCCAGAGGGAUCCAACCUGGUCAUGCUGAAACUAGCAGACCCUGCGCCUGUGUCUGAAGGUGCCUCCACGAUUCAUCUUCCAGUAAAAGACUGUCACAUCCCCGAAGGCACCAACUGCACCAUGUAUGGAUGGGGGGAAACCAAAAACACAGGAUACGAUGAAGCGCUGAACACGGUCACCAUGCCGAUGGUCAACAAUGACAUGUGCUCACAAAUCAAAGGGGACGCUGGGGAAAGCAGGAUAUGCGCCGGCGGCAGGAGAGGAGAAGGCGUAUGUGAUAAAGAUAACGGAGGCCCGUUGGUCUGCCAGGAGCAUGAGCGUAAAGUCAUCAUAGGCGUGAGCAUCCAGAGGACGAAAUGUGCCUCGUCGCAGCCUGCACUCUUCGUCAACGUUGCUUUCUACUCUGAGUGGAUUUAUAAAGUGUUUAAACUUUACCCCAGCGAGAGGGACUGAAGUAAAAAUCAGGACCGCACCACAGCUGGCGAGAGGAGGGGGCGACUCUGGGCCAGACCUCUCCGGCUCGGUCCGCGUGGGAGACAUGAGGAGAAAUCACCAGUUUGGGAUUUUGUGGCCGAAGCUGUCGUUUCACGGAGAGGACGGGGACUCGUGAUUGAAGUCUGGAUACGAUAAAGUGGAAUCUCAUGCGUUCUUCCACAUGUAGGUUGUUAGCCUGCAUAACAUUUUUACAACCAAAGUCUCGGGCACAUGGACGGCGUACUAAUUGUAUUUGGACAUGAGAAUGACACGUGUGACUCAGUAUUAUCUCCUGGAAUCUACUUGAACAUGGACAGAACCCAGAUCCCUGUUGGACACGACUGUGACUUGGAUUUAUUUCUUUGCUUUUAUAUUUUAAUGUGUUGAGCUGGACUGCAAAACUUUUAUUGACCUCCAACACACACAGAUGUGGACAGAAAAAGUCUACAAUGUCAACAAAUUUACUAAUUUGGCCAUAAUGAUGUAGGAGGCCUUAGAAAUAUAACCAUAACAAAAAAUAUCCAACAAAAAAAACAAGGUUUGACCAAAAUGGAAGAAGAUACGAGCAUGAAAAAGUCAUUAAACUACAUUUGACACUCUCUAGGACUGGUCUGUAACUUCAAACCUGUACUUUGCUUCAGAUAUACCAUGAAUUAAGUGUAUAGAAUACACUAUAGCUGCUUGAAACGCUGACUGCAGCAGCCUUGGCGAACCAUUCAGUGCUAAUUGUGCGCAGUAGCCGGACUACCUUUUCCCCAGUUAGCUGUAACUGUUAGUUUCCCCCAUGAGAGGGUCUAAGUAGGAACUGAGCAAACUGCUCCAGAUCUUAUGCUAAUAUUUGAAGCAUGAGAGAGAGAAGAGCCAUGCCAAAUAUAACAUGGUUAUUUGGUCUCCAGUUUGGAGGGAACUGUGGCCCCUGGCGGGCUGUGUGUGGUCAGUAGGAUAUUUUAUAUAUAUGUAUUUCUUUUUUAAUUUCAUGGAAAGUGACUCCUUAUGUACAUAACUGCAGAUUUAUUGAGUAUGUCUCUGCCGUGCCAUAAGAUUUUAUCGGUCUUAUAGAUCUGGAAUAUUUUUGGUUCACUUAGUAAUGUCAGAUUGGCUUCUUCCUGUUUCGGAUUGUGUUUAAUAUUUAAAAGAAAGGACUGGUGGAUUGUGAGCGGUCGGUUGGUGUAUUUAUUUUUUUUGAAAUAGCAGAAGACGUUGCAGAUAAUGAUGGCUGGUUGAUUUUUUGUUUCUAACUUUUUAAUAACAUGCUGCAUGUUUGACUCCAGGUUAAAGACAUAGAAGCAGAAAUGAACAUACCAUUGAUAAUGUGCCUUAUACAUUCAAACCAGAGACUUGAAAUAAAGAUGGACGACACGUCUCCACUUCCUCCCACUAUCCAGAUAUGAAGCCAAAUUAUCCCUGAUACGACGCAUUUGUAGCCAGAGUCUGAACAGUAGUGAUCGUGGGUACACGCCGAUACACGCACUCAACCAGUCAUGAGUCAGUCUCAUCUGUCAAUCAUGAUGUUUUGAUAACUAAUUGAUAACUAACCUAUUUGUUUGGUCUGUGUCCCGUCUACUAACAUGGAAGGAGGCAGUAUUUAUGAUCUGCACUGCAGCCAGCCACUAGGGGGCAAUCAUGAUGCUUUGGCUUCACUUAAGGGGAGCAGUCGUGUCUUCCAUCUUUGCUUCUUAACAUGCUUCAGUUUUUACAUUUUAAUCUUUUUUAUUGGGGGGGGGGUUCACAAGGAAGUGAAAAUGCAUCAGGUGUUCAUGCAAAUACACAAACGUGAAAAAGACGACAAUCAAAGAUGUGCAACGGUUUUAUUCCCAGGUUUUUACUUAAAAAUAAAGAAACAUUUAAAGUUGUGAUCGAAUUAUUUCAUGAAGAAUUAGUUCUUGUCAAUGAGGAGGAAACCACGAGCACUGAUGUGAAAUCACACUUUUGAUAAAUCAAACGACCACUUGCCUUUUUUGAAAAUUAGCUGGAAGAAAAAAAGUGUCUCCAACAUUUCCAACCAUUUCUGAUGAAGAAAAACUGCAUAUUUUAAUUCCCCCGAUGACCCUGUUAUUCCCACGUCGUUGUCUUAAAGUGGAAAUGAUUUUCACUUGUUCUGAACAUCACAUGUAAAAUGCUACGUACAUUAAAAACAUCCAGAAACCCUCUAAUAGCCUUAGAACGAUUAUAACAGUCUCUGCAGUUAACAAGAAAAACGCUUCACUGACUAAACUGAGGAAACCAAACACCAAAUAUUCUUAUGUCACGUAGCAGAUCACAUGACCUGUUGCUUUCUUUGUAACUGUUAAUUUAUGUGACUUUCUAAUUUACCUUCAUGUAAAUAUGCCUCGUGCGUCCUGUAAAUUACAACUUGUAAUUUUUGUAAAUACCCUCCUGGAGUAUUUUUACUCCCUGAUCUUUCUGUUUAUACAUUUGUACAAUCUAAACGUUAAAUAUAACAGCUGCUAUUUUGUUUUAGUGAACGUUUUCUAUCUAUUGCCUUUUU